AUGGCGAAUGCGGACUGGGUAGCGCUGGCAGAGCUAUGGAUGCGCAGCUACUGCCCGCCCAUGGACGCCGCCCUCAUGCACCAGCUCGCCGCGCGCACAGUCUCGUCGCUCGCCGCGCCAUCCGUCAAAGGCGCCACGGGGUCCUCAAGUGCGACCGGCGGCGCCGCAAGCUCUUCCGAAGAGCCGCAUGGCGCGGCGGUGGCGGGGCAGAUGCAGGUCGAGCUCGCGGCGCUUUUGGGAGGCAAGGUGCCGCGAGGGGAGGCGACGGACGGUGAGGGGGACGGGACGGAGCGCGGAUGCGAGAGCGUGGAGAAGCACUGCCUGCAGUCGCUGGUUGACAUCCACGUGUCGCACGGCCGAUGCCAGUGCAGCAUCUCCGUAACGCCUGAAUUAGUGGCGCUAUUCCACCGGCGCAGCGACGGUGUGCUGCUGGCAGUGGGGCGCCACACCAAGUUUCUGGUGGGGCCGCAGCGGCAGAGCAGGGCACCUGUGAGGGGCGCAGGGGGCCACGCAGAGCAGCAGGCUCGCCAGGGUAGUGGGGCAGACAAGCAGGGCGAUGCAGGUGGUGCACGCAGCAAGGCAGUCAGCGGGGAGGUGCCUCUGGACAGUGGGCUGAGGAACCAACUUACACUUAGAUCCAGGCUGUGA